CAGUCAACACACUUUACUGUACAACAUACACUGCAUUCCUUGGAGUUUGGAAGUCACCAACCCAAUCUGGUAUCACUACUAACAACCAAGCAUCAGGCAAUGAACUUCACCUGGGCCAAAAUUGGAAGUGAAUGGCUGGCACAGUGUUAUGUUAUGUAGUCAGAUGAAUCUCACUUCAGCUCUUUUAAGCUGAUAGUCAUGUUUGUGUGUGACAACAACUACAGUACAUGAAGCCAUGAAUCCAACGUGUCAGCAAGGUGGUGUGCAAGCUGGUGGUGGCUCUAUCCCGGUUUGGAGUAUGUUCUAUUGGUGUAAAUGCACUCCAACUAAUGGUGAGAUUGCAGUUGACUUUGACAGGUGUAAUGUGUACUAAUCCUGUGAUAGAUGUUUUGCACCUCUUUAUACUUGCUAUGUUCCCUUGAUAGUAAUGGUUUGUGUAAAGUAGUAACCUUUUAGCACAGCGGGGACAAAGGGGGUACGGCUUUGUUAAUUGUACCCACCUGCAGUGAGACGGUAGUACAAUUGCCAUAUUGUAAACGAACGAACGUAAACAAGUGGCGGACGUUUGUGUGAGCUUCACUCUCGUCGGAUGACGGCGGACCCGAGUGUAAGCUGUUCGGGCAAAGAAAAGGGAUUGUGAUUGGUCGGAAGUCCCCGUCCAAAAACCCUUAAAUUGCGGGCCGAACGAGAGGAAAGGAGAGAAGGGCAAGAGACUGGUACACGGUAGUCUCAGGCACUUGGGAAGCCCGCUGAGCGUAAAGAGAGAGUGUUCUCCUCUGUUAAUCUUCUCAGGGACGGGUUAGUGCUGAGACCGGACCGACCGUGCAGUUGAGCCGACUCCGAAAGCUGACUGAGGUCUCUCCCAAGAGUAUUAGUUUCCAGACGCCAAUCUGGCACGUGAAUUCACCACGCAUGAUCUUCCUGUACAUAUGCUACGUUUAUAACUUGUACAACUGUAAAUAAACUAUAUAUAUAUUCAAUUUGAGUGUGGAGGUGUACUUUCCGACGAACCUGAUUCACUACAUCGAGUCGUGAUAUACAAGAAACCAACUCAACGAGGCGGAGUUGGAAAGGAACAUUUUUCAAUAAGAUCUUCACUGGCGCAGUCGGCAGGAUAGUCUUGCAACUCUUCAGGAGAUUCCCGCAAGAAGACAGGGAAGUACUGAGCCCACAUUCAAGGACUAAAGAAAACAGCGCAGGACACUUACGAAAGGAAGAACAGCCGGAAAUCAAGGCAGAACACAGCUAUUGGUAAGUUGUUCUUAAUUAUUCGUAUUCAGAAUGCCGGGACGCGGAAGGACUCAAGGGUCAAAAAAGGGCAUGUCGUGUUCCGAGGAUCUGGGAGAUCGGACUGGUUUUAGUCAAUCCCAGGAAAUGGAUACGGAGUCGGAAAGGGAAAUCUUAGAGGGUGAGGUCAUGGAAAACCGGAAUAAAAUAGAGAGACAGAUAGAGUCAGACGAUGUAGAGAAGUUACGCCUACAAAUUAGGCUAGCUGAAAUAGAAUCUAAAAACAAGGAAAUGGACGUCAGAAAAAGUGAAAUUGAAAUGGACGUCAGAAAAAGUGAAAUGGACGUUAGAAAAAGUGAAAUUGAAAUGGAAAUUAGAAAAAGUGAAAUAGAAUUAGAAAGAGAUCGGUUACGAAAUGACUCUAGGGCUAGUAAUAACUCUGAGCUAGGGGGUAACUUGGAUAGUCUAGCUAGGAAAAUCAGAUGGGCUUUACCCAAAAUGCCGGACAAGGAGGCGGAAGUGCCUUCAUGGUUCCGUGCUGUGGAAGUUGUAUUGCAAACAUACGACGUACCGGAAGAGCUUCAGGGACAGUUAGUUUUAACAGUAUUAUCAGAGAAAUGCAAAACAGCUUUAAGUAGACUCACGGCAAAUGAAAUCAGAGACUACGAAACUUUAAAACAAUUCGUGCUGGACGAAUUAAAGUUGUCUGCUGCAGAGUAUCUUAAGGAGUUCACUUCCUCCGAAAAGGGAAGUAGGGAAACAUGGCCCCAAUUCGCGGCUAGGAUGGAAGACCUUUAUCGGUAUUAUUUGAAUAGUAGAGGUGUAGAUUCCUUCGAAAGAUUGAUGAAGCUAGUUGUUUCGGAUCAUCUUAAGACUAAGCUAGAUGCCGACACUAGGCGUUACGUUCUAUUGCAAGAGGGUAAAGGUUGGUUCCCGCCGGGAGAGAUAGCUAGGUAUGCCGAAAAGCAUGCGGAAGCAGUUGGAAAUGGGGAGUUCAGGUGUAAAUCCGAAAGAGAUAAAAGAACAGCCUUUGGAACUGGGGGUGUGAGUGCGAACCAUGGAGAGCCGGAGAGGAGGGAAUCAAAAAUGAAAUGUUAUAUUUGUGAUCAGACGGGACAUUUCAAACGGGAUUGCCCUCAGAGACGUGUUAAGGAUGAAAUUCUGAGGUCUAGAGCAGCGCGAGUGGUAACAACGUUAGACGAAACGGACAAGUCUGAUGACAAGUUAGUAGCUAGGGUAAGAAUCGGAAAGGAUACGAUUAGUGGAAACUUACCCGCUAGCGUAAACGAGAACCUCCUGCUUAGUUAUCAAGGUCGAAAAUUUUCUGCAAUAGUAGACACUGGGGUAGAAAUAACGGUGAUGAAAAAGGCUUUGAUACCCGAUUACAUAUCCCGUACAGGGGGUAAGACGAAGUUAGUCGGCGCGUUCGGACAGCAGGUAUCCGCAACGUUAGUAACCGUACCUAUAAGCUUAAAAGGGUGGUUGGGCAGAAAGAGAAAUUAUUAUGAUACAGUAGAAAUAACCUGCGCUUUGACCGACGAGCUUAGCUGCGCUAUGGAUGCGUUAUUUUCGGCAGCCGAUUAUUGCGCUUUAAAGGAAGCUAAGCGGACGGGAAGAAAUAAACGAAAAAAACGUAACAAGAAGGUCAUAGGUGAAAGGGUUAACAAAGGGGAUAGUCCAAACCCUAAGGUGGAUAAACGGGGUAAUAAAAAAAAAUAUUGCAGGGCAUGUAGUAGUCGUCAGGUACUCACUCCCUUCCAGCAAAAUGACCGUACACUUCAUAGUGCGAAAUUGGCACGUUGGGCAUCAGAGUCACGGAAAUACAAUGUCAAGAUCAGACGCAGAAAAAGGAAAAAGCGUACUAAUACUGACGCCCUAUACAGACCGGAAGUCAGGGACAAUUCGGAAUCUCCAGAUCAGGCGAACUAGGCAUAUUAGAUUUCGUGUUAAGUCCUUCGGAUAGAUAUAAGUGAUAUCUACAAGGCGAUUCUGAAUAUAGAUUAAUGGAACAAUUUGUCAAUGAUAGUAUUGUACUGUAAAUAUGUGUCUGCUAGAUAUUAAGAACCUAUAACUGUAAAUAAUUUGUUAGUAUACAAUAAUAUCUAUAGUAAUCUGCCCCUUGUAUUAGAAAAAGGGGAAAUGUAUUGUAAGAACUGAUUUGUGUAACGAUAAUUAUGGUGCGUGGUGAUGGUAUAUGUUUAGGUCAAACAGGCUUUUGUUAAAGCGCAGUUUGAACCUUGUCGGUGGGAGAUGUAAAGUAGUAACCUUUUAGCACAGCGGGGACAAAGGGGGUACGGCUUUGUUAAUUGGACCCACCUGCAGUGAGACGGUAGUACAAUUGCCAUAUUGUAAACGAACGAACGUAAACAAGUGG